AUGAAGUCACUUUUGGUUCUUCUUGCUCUCAUUAGUCUUGCCCUAGCUCAAUUUGGUCCACCAUUCGGUGGAUCCCAAUUUGGAGGACCAGGAUUUAAUAGAGGACCAGGUGGACCAGGAUUUGGAGGAUCAGGAGGGUUCGGUGAUUCCCGAGGUGGCAGCAACUUCGGAGGAUCCGGUUCUUCUGGACGUGGAGGCAAUGACUUCGGACGUGGAGGCAAUGAUUUCGGACGUGGUGGCAACGACUUCGGACGUGGAGGCAACGACUUCGGACGCGGAGGACACGAUUUCGGCCGUGGAGGCAAUGAUUUCGGACGUGGAGGCAAUGACUUUGGACGUGGAGGCAAUGACUUCGGACGUGGAGGAUCCAGCAAUAACAAUAACUUCGGAGGAAGAGGAGGUUCAUCCAACAAUAAUGAUUUCGGGCGUGGAGGAUCCAGAGAUAAUGAUUUCGGUCGUGGUGGAUCCGGAUCGAGAGACAACAACUUCGGAGGAAGCCGCGGCGGAUCAAACUUUGGAAAUGAUGGUAGAGGAGGAUCUGGCUUCAACAAUAAUAACAACAACAACUUCAAUAAUAACAGAGGAAACACCCCAAGCCCAGGUAUUGGAAUUGCUCAUCAAGUACUCAGUGGUCUCUUCGGAACUGGUCGUUAA